GUUGUACAUACUCUCCCCCUGGCAUCCCCCUCGGCUUGAGGCACACUCAACUUCCCACUCGUAUACACACUCAGCUAGACAUGGCCAACCUCCCGGUCAACAAAACUGCACAUCCCUUCGACAAGGCUCGGUUUGAGGCUUUGCUCAAUCGCAGAUUCUUUUACGCACCCGCUUUUGAGAUCUAUGGCGGUGUUGCCGGCUUGUACGACUACGGUCCCCCCGGUUCUUCGCUCCAGAGCAAUAUCAUCGCGGAAUGGCGGAAGCAUUUUAUUGUCGAAGAGCACAUGCUCGAGGUCGACACGACUGUCAUGACUCCCGCUCCGGUGUUCGAGACGUCUGGCCACGUCGCCCGGUUCGCCGACUGGAUGGUCAAGGACCUGAAGACCGGCGAAGUCCUCCGUGCGGACCACCUCGUCGGCAACGUCCUGGAGGCACGAUUGGCUGGCGACAAAGAGGCCCGCGGCCUCGCGGCGCAACCUGCAAAGGAGGACGACAAGAAGAAGAAAAAGAAGGACAAAGCCAAGGCCGCGCCCGUCAAGCUGUCGGACGAGCAGGUCGUGGAGUAUGAGACGAUUCUCGCGCAGCUCGACAACUACUCCGGGCCCGAGCUCGGCGCGCUCUGCAAGAAGCACAACAUCACGAACCCCGACACGGGCAACGAGGUGUCCGAGCCGCAGCAGUUCAACCUGAUGUUCGCGAGCAGCAUCGGGCCCACUGGCCAGCACCCCGGCUUCCUGCGCCCGGAGACCGCCCAGGGCCACUUUCUCAACUUCUCGCGCCUGCUCGAGUUCAACAACGGCCGCGUGCCGUUCGCAUCCGCGCAGAUCGGGCGCUCGUUCCGCAACGAGAUCUCCCCGCGCGCGGGGCUCCUCCGCGUGCGCGAGUUCACGAUGGCCGAGAUCGAGCACUUCGUCGACCCGGAGGACAAGCGGCACGAGCGGUUCGCGGACGUGCGCGCCGUCGCGCUCGAUCUGCUUGACCGCGACACGCAGGCGGCGGGCAGCACGCGCGUGACGCGGAUGACGAUCGGCGACGCGGUCGACAAGGGCGUCGUCGCGAACGAGACGCUGGGCUACUUCCUCGCGCGCAUCAACCAGUUCCUGCUCAAGAUCGGGAUCGACCCCGCGCGGCUGCGCUUCCGGCAGCACAUGGCGAACGAGAUGGCGCACUACGCGACGGACUGCUGGGACGCCGAGAUCCAGAACUCGUACGGGUGGACGGAGUGCGUGGGGUGCGCGGACCGCGCGGCGUACGACCUGUCCGUGCACUCGGCGAAGACGGGGCACCCGCUCGUCGUGCGCCAGGCGCUGAAGGAGCCGAUCGUCACCGAGAAGCUGGUCGCGGAGUUCAACAAGAGGACGUUUGGGCAGACGUUCGGGAAGGACUCCGCUGUGAUCCAGACACUUGUCGGCGGCUUGGACGAGGCUUUGCUGGCGAAGCUCCAGGGCGAGCUCGCGCAGGGGUCGACGACCGUGACCUCGUCCGAUGGCAGGGAAUUCAAGCUCACGCCAGACCUUCUGACCAUCGAGAAGAAGACGUUCAAACAAUCCAUUCGCGAGUUUACACCGAACGUCAUCGAGCCCUCCUUCGGUCUAGGCCGCAUUCUAUACGUCUUGCUCGAGCACAGCUUCUGGAGUCGAGAACAGGACGUCGAGCGCGGGGUUCUGUCCCUGCCGGCUGUCGUCGCCCCCACCAAGGUUCUGAUUGUGCCUCUCAGCGCGAAGACAGAAUUUGACCCGCUUGUGCGCGAAGUCUCGACGAAACUGCGCAAGGCUGGCGUGUUCUCGCGCGUCGACGACUCUAAUACGUCCAUCGGCAAGCGCUAUGCGCGCAACGACGAGCUUGGCACUCCCUACGGCCUCACCCUUGACUUUGCUUCCGUCCAAAACCGCACGAUGACCCUCCGGGAACGCGACACGACCGGGCAGCUCAUUGGUUCCAUCGACGAGGUCAUCGACACCGUCAUCGAACUCGUGAGCGGCUCUAUCGACUGGGCUGAGGCCUGCAGAAGGUUACCUGCGUACGACGGUGUCCAGGCUGUGGAGUGAUUGACGCGGCGGCCGUAGCAUUGGAGACGCCUCGCGGCCUCUGGCGGUGAUCGUUCUCCUUGGCACCCUUCAAUGUCCGCAGAGGGCGUAACAGUGGGUGCGCCGCCACCGGGGAUAGACAGUAGUAGAAGGUUGCGAGAAGAGGCUUUCAGUUGCGAGUCGGAGACCCAAUGGGAGUAGUCAUUUACAGGAAGAAAAUCUGUACGCAUGUUUCAUCACCGCUGUAUCAAAACACUCGAAUCUCGACACCCC